AUGCUCAGCACCAUAUCUAUCAUUAGACCUCAUGUUCGGGUUGAGCGACGAGUGUGGGUGACGAGACGGAUUCGGGUGCUUAGGCGCUUGAAGGAACCGCGGCCCCUUCGCGUACCACCCGGACCGCUCUGUUCGAAACCCCGUACACUGACCCACGCCCAACCCGUGCUAGGCACCAACCACCCGUUUCAUCUCUCCACCGUAUUGCUCGCACUCUUUGCCGGCGAUUUGUGUCAUCUCUCCGACGGGCUGCGCUCUGUAGACGCGACAUUGUCGUAUGUCUCUGCUCGAACCCUCGCUCUAUAUGAAGCCCGUCUGUCACAGCACUCCAUCCAGAUGCGUACAUCCUCAACGCUUCAACGUCGCGAGUCUCCAGAUUGUCGCCGACUCUCCACCUCGCUCACCGUCCUUUCCUCUGCAGUCGUGUGCUGA